GUCACAAGGUGAAGGAAUGGAAAAGGAAACUACACUCUAGGUUCUGAGCCUGUCGCUAGCACAUCGCUAGAAAACCCCUCUUGUCCUCACAAUAGAUUAACUACCCUCUGUGAAUACUAUAUUUUUGUUCAGCUUUUCCUAUUCCUAGCCUGGACUGAAGCAGUCGUUAUCUGUGGCGGUGCCUGGGUGAUUUUUCAAGCCGAGCACUACCCACCCAAGUAGCUGUGAUACCGGCUUUCACUGAAGCCUUAUUACUCUUAAAAGAGCAAUUUGGUUGGCUGCACGGCUAUUAGGAUCACACAGGCAGCCUGAAAGCUGUCAGUACAACUGCUUCUCAUCUUUUUUUUUUCACACAGUCCUGACAUCUCUCCUCUGUUCUGUUGGACACACAUUCCUGUUUUUAUCAUUUUCAAUCAAGUGCACGCAGGACGCUGAGGAAUAUCCCCACUGAAAGCAAAGUGGGGAACAGGAAUGAUUUUACAGCUCCUAAAGUGGAAACAGUGCUGACUGCGGGCUGAGGGGAAGGCGCUGGAUCCGUGAGAAAUGUAGCUUGGCUCAGGGCUACAUCAGGGAGCUGCUCCUUCAGCUGCUAAAGAUGGCAAAACACCACCUACCUCCGGCUUCUCAAUGAUUAAUGCUAUUUUCAUAACCGGGAGGGAAGAGGAUGUGAGAAAUUUUGUAAAAAAAAUCACUUGUGGAAAUGUUAUCAUCCGAGAAAGUGGAGAAAAUUACUAGACUCGAACUUCUCCUCGUUUUGAUGCUUUUCUUCUCUGGACCAACUCUAUGCAAGCUGACCAGGACCCCCUGGAAAGGCAAACCUUGGAAGGGGGGAUCUCGCCUUCGUCAAGAAGACUUUCCCCCGAGGAUUGUAGAACACCCUUCUGAUGUCAUCGUCUCCAAGGGAGAGCCCACCACCCUGAACUGCAAAGCAGAGGGCCGGCCAACUCCCACUAUCGAAUGGUACAAGGAUGGUGAGAGAGUGGAGACAGACAAAGAUGAUCCCAGGUCACACAGGAUGCUUCUGCCCAGCGGAUCCUUAUUCUUUUUGAGAAUUGUGCACGGACGCAGAAGUAAACCGGAUGAAGGGAGCUACGUUUGUGUUGCAAGGAACUAUCUUGGCGAAGCAGUGAGUCGGAACGCAUCUCUGGAAGUGGCAUUAUUGCGAGAUGACUUCCGACAGAAUCCCACAGAUGUGGUAGUGGCAGCUGGAGAGCCUGCAAUUUUGGAGUGCCAGCCCCCACGGGGACACCCAGAACCAACUAUCUACUGGAAAAAGGACAAAGUCCGCAUUGAUGACAAAGAAGAAAGAAUAAGUAUCCGUGGUGGGAAACUGAUGAUCUCAAAUACCAGGAAAAGUGAUGCGGGGAUGUACACCUGUGUGGGCACCAAUAUGGUGGGAGAAAGAGACAGCGACCCUGCAGAGCUCACUGUCUUUGAACGACCCACAUUUCUCAGGAGGCCAAUUAACCAGGUGGUGCUGGAGGAAGAGGCUGUAGAAUUCCGUUGUCAGGUCCAAGGAGAUCCACAACCAACCGUGAGGUGGAAAAAAGAUGAUGCAGACUUGCCGAGAGGCAGGUAUGACAUUAAAGAUGACUACACCCUGAGAAUUAAAAAGGCCUUGAGUACAGAUGAAGGGACCUAUAUGUGCAUUGCUGAGAAUCGGGUGGGAAAAGUGGAAGCCUCUGCAACCCUCACUGUCCGAGUUCGCCCUGUUGCUCCUCCACAGUUUGUGGUUAGGCCAAGAGAUCAGAUUGUUGCUCAGGGCCGAACAGUGACAUUCCCCUGUGAAACUAAAGGAAACCCACAGCCAGCUGUUUUUUGGCAGAAAGAAGGCAGCCAGAAUCUACUUUUCCCGAACCAACCUCAACAGCCCAAUAGCCGGUGCUCAGUGUCCCCCACCGGGGACCUCACCAUCACCAACGUUCAGCGUUCAGAUGCAGGCUACUACAUCUGCCAGGCCCUGACGGUGGCAGGAAGCAUUUUAGCGAAAGCGCAGCUGGAGGUUACUGAUGUUUUGACAGAUAGACCUCCACCCAUAAUCCUGCAAGGACCAAUAAACCAAACACUUGCAGUAGAUGGUACAGCACUACUGAAAUGCAAAGCCACUGGUGAGCCUCUUCCCAUAAUUAGCUGGCUAAAGGAAGGCUUUACCUUUCUGGGUAGAGAGCCAAGAGCUACAAUCCAAGACCAAGGAACGCUACAGAUUAAAAAUUUACGGAUUUCUGAUACUGGCACUUAUACUUGUGUGGCUACAAGUUCAAGUGGGGAGACUUCCUGGAGUGCAGUGCUGGAUGUAACAGAAUCCGGAGCAACAAUCAGUAAAAAUUAUGAUACAAAUGACCUGCCAGGGCCACCAUCCAAACCACAGGUCACUGAUGUUACUAAAAACAGUGUCACAUUAUCCUGGCAACCAGGUACCCCUGGAGUUCUUCCAGCAAGUGCAUAUAUCAUUGAGGCUUUCAGCCAAUCCGUGAGCAAUAGCUGGCAGACAGUAGCAAACCAUGUGAAGACAAGCCUCUAUACAGUGAGAGGGUUGAGGCCCAACACAAUCUACUUGUUCAUGGUGAGAGCAAUCAACCCCCAAGGUCUCAGUGACCCAAGUCCUAUGUCGGAUCCUGUACGCACACAAGAUAUCAGCCCUCCUGCACAAGGUGUGGACCACAGACAGGUACAGAAAGAACUAGGAGAUGUCAUUGUCCGUCUCCAUACUCCAGUUGUCCUGACACCUACAACUGUUCAAGUCACGUGGACGGUGGAUCGGCAACCCCAGUUUAUUCAGGGCUACAGAGUGAUGUACCGUCAGACAUCCGGCCUGCAGGCUUCACCUUCAUGGCAGAAUCUAGACGCAAAAGUGCCCACUGAGAGAAGUGCUGUCCUAGUGAAUCUGAAAAAGGGAGUGACUUAUGAAAUUAAAGUCAGACCAUAUUUUAACGAGUUCCAAGGAAUGGACAGUGAGUCAAAAACAGUUCGGACUACUGAGGAAGCCCCAAGUGCCCCUCCCCAGUCUGUCACUGUGCUCACAGUCGGAAGCCACAACAGCACAAGUAUUAGUGUUUCCUGGGAUCCUCCACCACCAGACCACCAGAACGGAGUUAUUCAGGAAUAUAAGAUCUGGUGUCUGGGAAAUGAGACACGCUUCCAUAUCAACAAAACUGUGGAUGCAGCCAUUCGCUCUGUAGUAAUAGGUGGUUUAUUCCCUGGAAUUCAGUACCGGGUGGAAGUGGCAGCUAGUACAAGUGCAGGAGUUGGAGUGAAAAGUGAACCACAGCCAAUAAUAAUCGGGGGACGUAACGAAGUUGUCAUUACUGAAAACAAUAACAGCAUAACUGAGCAAAUCACUGAUGUCGUGAAGCAACCAGCAUUUAUAGCUGGCAUUGGUGGUGCCUGCUGGGUAAUUUUGAUGGGCUUUAGCAUCUGGUUGUAUUGGAGAAGAAAGAAGAGAAAGGGACUCAGCAAUUAUGCUGUAACAUUUCAAAGAGGAGAUGGAGGACUAAUGAGCAAUGGGAGCCGCCCAGGUCUUCUAAAUGCUGGUGAUCCCAAUUACCCAUGGCUUGCAGAUUCGUGGCCAGCCACAAGUUUGCCAGUGAACAAUAGCAACAGUGGCCCAAAUGAAAUUGCGAAUUUUGGGCGUGGAGAUGUGCUGCCUCCAGUUCCAGGCCAAGGGGAUAAAACAGCAACAAUGCUUUCCGAUGGAGCCAUUUAUAGCAGCAUUGACUUCACCACCAAAACCACUUACAACAGUUCCAGCCAGAUAACACAAGCCACCCCAUAUGCUACUACCCAGAUCCUGCACUCCAACAGCAUCCAUGAACUGGCAGUUGAUCUUCCUGACCCACAGUGGAAAAGCUCAAUUCAACAAAAAACAGACCUGAUGGGAUUUGGUUAUUCCCUACCUGAUCAAAAUAAAGGCAACAAUGCCUUACUUUACAUCCCUGACUACCGAUUGGCUGAGGGAUUGUCUAAUAGAAUGCCACACAACCAGUCACAGGAUUUCAGCACCACCAGCUCUCACAACAGCUCAGAAAGGAGUGGCAGUCUCUCAGGUGGGAAAGGUGGAAAGAAGAAGAAAACUAAAAAUUCUUCGAAAGCACAGAAAAACAAUGGAUCAACCUGGGCUAAUGUCCCUCUACCUCCUCCUCCAGUGCAGCCCCUUCCUGGUACAGAGCUGGGGCACUAUGCUGCAGAACAAGAGAAUGGCUAUGACAGUGAUAGCUGGUGCCCACCAUUGCCAGUGCAAACAUACUUGCACCAGGGUAUGGAAGAUGAGCUAGAAGAAGAUGAAGAUAGAGUCCCAACACCUCCUGUUCGUGGUGUGGCCUCUUCACCUGCUAUCUCCUUUGGACAGCAGUCCACUGCCACUCUUACUCCAUCCCCACGGGAAGAGAUGCAACCCAUGCUGCAAGCUCACUUGGAUGAGUUAACAAGGGCCUAUCAGUUUGAUAUAGCAAAACAAACAUGGCACAUUCAAAGCAAUACUCCACCUCCACAGCCCCCAGUUCCACCGUUAGGUUAUGUGUCCGGAGCCUUGAUUUCUGAUUUGGAAACAGAUGUUCCAGAUGAGGAUGCUGAUGAUGAAGAGGAACCCUUAGAAAUCCCCAGGCCCCUCAGAGCACUAGAACAGACACCUGGAUCCAGUAUGGACAAUCUAGACAGCUCUGUGACAGGAAAAGCCUUUACCUCCUCUCAAAGGCCUCGGCCCACCAGCCCAUUUUCUACUGACAGUAAUACCAGUGCAGCCCUGAGUCAAAGCCAGAGGUCUCGGCCUACCAAAAAACACAAGGGAGGACGGAUGGACCCACAGCCAGUGUUACCUCAUCGGAGGGAAGGGAUGCCAGAUGAUCUUCCCCCGCCACCAGAUCCCCCACCAGGUCAGGGUAUAAGGCAGCAGCUAGGCCCGAGCCAGCAUUCUGGUAACGUGGAAAACUCAGCAGAGAGAAAAGGAAGCUCUCUAGAGAGACAACAAGCAGCCAACUUAGAAGACACAAAGAGCUCAUUGGAUUGUCCUGCUAAAACUGCUCUAGAGUGGCAGCGUCAAACCCAGAACUGGAUAAACUCUACAGAACGCCAAGAAGACACACGGAAAGCCCCACACAAACAAGGGGUUGGAUCAGAAGAGUCCCUGGUGCCCUACAGCAAGCCCAGUUUCCCAUCUCCAGGUGGGCACAGCUCAUCGGGAACAGCCUCCUCUAAAGGGUCUACUGGCCCUCGGAAGACCGAGGUGUUGCGGGGCAGCCACCAGAAGAACACCAGUGACCUUCUUGACAUUGGAUACGGGGGCUCAAGCAGUCAAGGACAGUUUACAGGUGAAUUAUAGUAACUGAGAGGGGACAUACAAAGAUGCUCUGAGGACCAUCAGGUCCAAACUCAUGGACGUGAUAACACUUAACAGUGCAAUGAACAAUUUCUUUAUUUAUGUACUAUUAAAAAAACUGUAAAUGCAAUGUAAAGACACACAGCCACACAUAUCCCACAGUUAUUUUCUUGUGUUCUCUUAAUUACACCACCCACCUUAACUCUUUCUUGUCAGGAGUGUAUAAGAAAAAGAAAGAAAGAAAAACGCCCUCCAGGAAGAAAAGGAUUUUCCUCUGUAUAUAAUUUCUUUUGUGCAUUGCUAUGCAAGCUCACUCUUUUUAGCUCUGUUCAUACUAUUGUCUGUUCUUACUGGUCUGUUGUACUAUAUGUGAAUUAAUGGGCUGUGGUGCCAUAUAUUAACUUUUAAUUGUGUAACUUUUAUGUUUAAAUUUUGCACUGCAAUUUUAUUUGGUGAUAAGCACAAAUCUCUACUCCUCAUGACAUGAAGAAAAGAUUGAAUGUGAAAGGAGUUUUCUGUACUGUAAGUUAGGUUGGGUAAUGCUGGUGUAACCAAUCCUCUUAGGUGGUUUUCGUUUGGAGGUGUAGAAAUAGGAAGAUGCGAAGGAAUAAAGGUGUUGGCAAAGUCUUCUGGAAACAUCAGAUAUUGAGUCAGUUUUAAAAAGCAGAAAGAUGGCUUUUACUAUUGACGAAAGCAGGGGUCAAAAGAAGGGAGUUUAAGUCUAGACAGAAUAUGUGUUAAACUAUGCUGGUUGCAAAGAUGUACUAACUUGCUUUAAAAAUAUAAUUAAAGUUUUAUUUAGAGUCAACUUUACCCGCCAUUGUAAUUGACCUAACUGAGACUUACAAUGAGCAAAAUGAGAUCAAGUUUUUUCAAGAGAUCUGUAUUUAUAUUACAGCUUUGGGAAAGAA